AUGAAGUUCCUGAGUACACAAAGCAUGAGAAGAAUCCCAUUUUUGAGGUGGGGGAAGAGGAUUCCGCGCUCCACUUCAGCUGCUGCCAUGGUUGCUAUUGCUGCUGCCAUGGUAUCCAUUGUUGACAAGAAGGCAAAAGUUGCAUUGGGCAGCUGCAGGAGUAAUAGGUCUUAUGUCCCUAAGAGAUGGGUUUACAAGCUGAGGUCACAGUGGAAGCGAGCAAUCGGGUGGCACAAGAGCAGCAGCAGCACUACUUCACAGUUCAGCUAUGACAUCCGUAGCUACGCUCUCAAUUUCGAUGACGGUGGCUGCCUUGAUCAGGUCCUUAGAAGCCACGUUUUGUAG